GUUCGUACGUGUAGGAUGUAACGCUCCGUUCCCCGGCCGCUCGAUCACGGGUCUGACGGUGCGAAAGAUUUGCGUUCAAAUAUCGAUAUAUAUAUAUUUUUAAAUUUCUGACAUUACCGAGGAAUGAUUUACAUAUAUAUUUACAUCGACUGCGCAGUGUAAAUUGAACGUUUACACUUGUUUCGUCAGUCGGGUGAUUAAUUAAAAGAUAAUAAAUGUUGGUAUAUAUUGGUGAUCACUUGACCCUCAUCAGUUGAAAAUGGCGGGUAAGUUAUAAUUCCAUUUUUUUAAAUCGAAAAUUGUCUAACUUCCCGUCAAGUGCUCGUUGAUUGCAACGUGGAAUAAUAUAGUGAAAUAAUCCCUCUACAAUCCCCGAUAACUGUGGAUUACGCUUGACCCGAAGUUUAGACGUAAUUAGGAUGUCAUUCGAAUGGAUAUAUACUCCAGAAUGCUACUCAAGAUGGUCCCCUUAAAUAGGCUAAAACAUCAGAGGAGCAUAAAUCGCCUUUUUGCACCAAGCUAAAAUUCAACUCGGUGCUCCACGAAUUCUGAAAGGACCUUCACUACUGCUUCCUCAGGACAUCAGGGAUUAACAGCAGGAUCCUUCAAGCACCGCCAUGAACUUCCUGAAAGCACUGAUGACGAGUUCUGACGAGCACGAUUUGGGAAGUGUCUUUAUGGAGAUGGAUGAGAUUGCAUCCACAAAAGACAUCUGCGGCGAAUGUGUUGAGAAGUGCGAGUUUUUAAAACGCUACCCGUGGUUUAUCGAGAGUGUUUUAUUGCUCUUGAAGUGGUCGCAUCCUUUUCUGUUAUUUCUAAGCUGAAGUGGACUGAAGUUUCUGAAGUUUUUGACGUUAAGUGAUUGAAACAACUUGAUGAAUUACCUGGUAAAAUCGACAAAAAUUUUUGAUGUGUUUGAUGAUGCGCAACUGAAAAUAACUUGAUGAAUGACCUUUUUGACGAAGGGGGCCACUUGAAAUUUCGUUUAUUUAGUAUUGUGGACGCCGAUGCACGCCAGAUUUCAUGAAGUUCAAAGCGUCCCUGAAACGUCACCCCUGGCGUAAGAAGAAACUGACCUCGCCUUCCUCCUCUUCGCCUCGCUACGCCUUCGGACACCAUGACUUCGCCAGGUCACACCUGCGGGGCUUCUCCACGGCCACCACCCUGGCCCCUAGGGUCGACCCAUCGCUCUACAACGAACUCGUCACCCCGAAGGACCCCAGGAUCGGCCAGGACACGCCCGACAGGGGGCAGAUCCUGUACCGGAGUCGGCCGAUGGUGGUCAUAUGCCCCUCGAGCGAGGAAGAGGCCGACGACGACGAAUUCGGGGAGGUCCAGAAGGUCCCCAUCAACCUCUACUACGACUCCUACGGGGACGUCAUCGAACACAGCCUGUGGGCGCGCCUCAACUCGCGCGAACAUCCCCCCGCCGUCCAGGGGCAUGUGCCCGCGGGGCACGCUGCCGAAGGGAAGAGGAGGCGCUCAUGCGAUUACCACCAGAGGGCCAGGGAGGAGGAGUACGCCGCCGCCGUCAGGAGGAGGUUUUCCCACGACAACGUCCAGGUUCGCGUCGGUGGCGAAGGAGGAGGAGGAGGAGGAGGAGGAGUCGAUCUAGGCGAACUAAGUCGAAGGUGUUACGUCACGGGGGAGUUCGUGAGACUGACGGAGAAGGAACACGACGACCUGGCGGAGGCAAUGGAGUACUACUGGCUGGAGAAGGACCUCCUGGAGGAGCUGGACGGCAGCGACCUGGAGGAGGAGGGAUCGAGGAGCGAGACCAAGGGCAAAGGGCGGAAGAGAGGAGGGGGGAGGAGGAAGAACAGGAAGCACAGAGUGACGGACCGAGAGGCGGCUGCGACGGGAGUGACGGCAGGGCCAGUGGACAGCGGGAGGACCUUACCUGCAGCAGCAGCAGCAGCAGCAGCAGCAGCAGCAGGUUAUGGGCGGGGCUUGCGAGAGGGCGAGGGGCGGGGCAUCGGCAGCGAGCGGCCACCUGUGCCCACCCACUUCUCUCACCCAACCUUGCAUUACGGCUCCUCUUCCUUCAUUGACCCCCAAGACAUGAUAUGGGCCUCCAUGUGUGCCAUGUACCCGAGCGUUGAGUGGAGGGACGUGGGCGUUGGGGGUGGAGUGGCGGCAGGAGGAGGAGGAGGAGGAGGAGGGGGAGGAGGGAGUGAGGGCUUAGGGGCCGCUCGAGACAUCACGAACCGUCAGUGUAAGAGUACCUGUGUUAGUGGUCGCGCGACAACGGCUGCCUCCUCUUCCCGGACACCUGUCGGAGCCCAGGCCUAUGCCAGCAACCCCCGACGACGUCGCAGCCGAAGUCGCAAUGGUUCUAGAGCCCGGAAUGACGACGACGAGAGCAGAGCCACGCAGCAGGACAUGAGCCACUGGAACAAGAAGACGACGAGUGCCAGGGUCUCGCGCGACGCAGGAGGAACUUCCGCUGCCAAAAGGAGCGAUCAGCUGUUAUCAGUUCGACGAGAUGGUGCCAAGCGCAGUCCAUCUCGCUCGCCCCAUCGCCAAACAGCGACAACCAAAACUUCGGCGGGCGCUACGUUACCUGGUCAUGCCCAAUGCCACGCCCUCACCCACAUAGAUUAUGAUAACGCGGCACCCGAUUGGCACCACCACCGGUGCCAGGGACGGAGUGGAAGGGAGAGGGAGAGCCAGGCACUGGGAGGAGGAAUGUCUUCCAGUUCUUCGUCUGUCCAUCCACCUUCUUCGCAUGGGGGACAAAAGCAACGAUCAGCUGGGGGAGGAGGUGGAGGAGGGCCUCCUUCAAUUGUCGGGAGGCGUGGUGGUGGUGGUGGUGGUGUUGGUGUUGGUGGUGGAGAAGGAGCGUGGAGUAGUAGUGGUGGGGGUGGUGGUGGUGGUGGCGCUCGUAGCCAGGCGAGCGGAACAUGUGGAGCACUGGGCCAUCUGGGAACUUCCCCAGCAGUCUCAGCGCGCGCUCUGCCACGUGCACACGUGCGGCCCAACGGCGCCAACGCCAACAGUAGUAGCGCGUCUCAUCAUCCUUCCGGUGUCGGUCAUCGCAACGACAGUGUUCACAGUGAGCCAAGUGUUAAAACAGUGACCGCCAGCAGUGUGGAUAACAGCAGUGUAACAGUGACGAAGAGCGGUGGUGCUUUUGUUGACGGAGAAGAAUGGCACCCGUCGCCCCCAGGGGAGGGUGGUGCCACCCCCGUGUGUGAGGGCGAGUGCACCUGUGCCAUGCCCUGCAAAGUGUCAGGGAUACCCGUUUAUCAGGGGCGCGGCGGUGGCGAACAAGCGCGCAACAGCAGCAGCAACAACAACAACAUCAUCAACCCCCGGGAAGAUGCGCCACCCCCUAGUGUUCCCUCCGGGGGGGCUGGCGCACGAGGAAGGAGUGCUACUGGAGGAGGAGGAGGAGGGGGAGGGGGGAGUCAUGGUACCAGUGGCCGUCGAAAUGGUAGCAACAAAACCACCACCUCCUCCUGUUCCUCCUCCUCCUCCCAGGGGCUCCCCACCACGGGUCGCUCCACUUCCCUAGUGGGGAGGAGGGGGAGCUUCGGCUCCAGCGGGGCUUCUUCCAGGGGAGGGAAUCCCAUACACGACAGCGAAGUCGAUCUGAAUCGGAGGGCGUCGCUACCUGGCCCCGGAGGGGGUGCCAACGACGACAGCGGGAGAGGAUCUCAUUACCGCUCCAGAGCCUCUCCUCUGCCCUCGACCUCCCGUUCCUCGCACCGAGGGACCUCCCCGGGAAUGGGUGCCAGGGCUCCUUCCCCAGCGGUGCCAAGGAAGACUCCGACGCCCACGCGAAGGCGUGAAGCCCAGACGCCCCCUUCCACGCCCAUGACGCGCCGCCCACCACCGAGGGCAGUCUACCAAGUGAGAUUGUCCCCGAAUGCCUCCUCCUCCUCCUCCUCGCGGGAUUCCCCGCCCUUGCAGAGGGACAGGGACAAACCUCGUCGAGAUUACCAGUCGUGA